CGAAUUGAUCUAUGCUGAAAAUAUUGCGUUUUAUAAUUUUUCAACAACAAACGACUUAAAAUGGCAAUAGUUUGUCGUUGUGUUAUGAAAUAGCAACCUUUUCUGUCCGUGGAGGGAUUAAUUUUUAUAGUUCUGAGAGUGAACUUAUGCUCGUCGUCUAAAGAAAACUACCUUUGAUCGCACUUCCGAAUUGGGAAUCACCGGGAGACCGAGUUCAUCUUUUGGCAAACAUAUUUUACGCUUAGUCAGCUAUGAAUCUUUCGUGCGCUUAAUUUAGUAGGGUCACUAUGCCUACUUCUGUAAGGAUCGGAGAAGAGCAGCUCAACUAUUUGGCUUCACUGGCUCGACUUGACUACUCAAUAAGCGGUCGUGUGUAUAUGAAAAACCACGAAAACGCUGGCAAAUGGCUUCAGCGGUGGUUUGCUUUGUACCAAAAUUUGUUGUUUUAUUUCGAGAGCGAGGAUUCUACAAAACUUUGUGGAGUUAUAUACUUGGAGCAUUGCAGUUGUGAGAGAUUGUGCUUGACCAACUUAAAGGACACCGAAAAUCAGGUAUGACUGUCGAAUGUUUUUAAAUCUUUGAGUUCUGCUUGACCUCCUUCUUGUUGUUGUAUUGUGUAAAUGUUCCUCCCCUUUGGGGUACGUGGUCAAAGUGUUUUUUUUCUCCCCAUCGGUUCGUGCCUCGCGUGUGGUUAUGAUUUGGAUCCAUUUCUCAAACUUCGGGCUUCAGAAUAGAAAGCAUGAAAAGUUGUGUCUGAGACCGUAUUGGUGCCUUUAAAAAAAGAGAGCCUUUCAUCCAAGUGGUUUAAUUUCCACCUUGCCAUAAAGUGAGCUCCGGAUCAGCUUAGACUUAAGCCUUUUCACGAUCCAAGGAAAGGCAAUCGUCGACGAUUUUCGUUUGCUGUCAAAAUAUUUCCCCCUCAUACCCGCUUUUGAUAUUGCAGGAAACACAAAAGUCAAGUAUUGUGUGGGCGAUGCAUGAGAUAUGAUGCGCACUUUUAGCUUCUCGCUAAAUUUGUCAACAAAAUACAGAGAAGCACCCAAAAUCAAUUUAAAAACAUCCCUUCCAUGAAUAUAUUUAUCUUUUUCCGUGCCUAUUUUUGUGGUCCUUAAUUUUCAUUGAGUACUUAGGGUGCUUUCUAUUUUUUCGCUUAGAGUAGUUUUGUUUUUUUCUUCGUUCAACCGUUUUCUCAAAAGUUCGGUUUGACAAUUUUCUGUUGACAUUUGCAAAUGGCAUGAAAACAAGAACAGAGAUAAUUGCAAUCGAUUAUUUAUUAUUCAUACAUAAAAUGAACAAAUAUGCUUUUUAUUUUGCCCAGGAAGCAUUUGAGGUUGAAUACAUUUUGUUGUGGCUUUAUUGCGGUCCAGAAAUUUGAAUAAGAAUCUUAUACUUGGAGAAGUGGUGCUUUUUUGUAGUUUACUAUGAAAGUUUUAUCUAGAAGAAGAACAAUCAGGAAGUUCAUUGACGCAACUAACAUUUUUAGCUCUACAAAGUACAUAUUUAGUUUUAAUUUUACAACCUAUUUUUACUGUGAAUAUUAAUCUCUAAUAAUAUGAAUCUAGACAUCGAUAACCGAGCGGCCUGGGAUGGGUACACAUAGGGUGGAAAUUAGUAUUUUCCCUUUUCUUUAAGAUUGAGCAAUUUGUUCAGCAUACAAGUCAUAAGACUUGGGUAUAGCCAAUCGCCAUUCACCACGUCAAUGUGUUUUAAUUGCAAAAUUACUUUAGUAUUACCGCUUAGGUAUCUGUGCACAAGUUUUUAGUAAUCUAGCAAGCAAGAAAGCAACAAGUUUUUUUCUAGCUUUAAAAAAGUUUUAGUUUCCCUCCCACCCACACCAUCAACAGUUUUGAUUGUAUCUUAAUCUCAUUCGUGUUUGUAAUUUAUUCUUAAUUACUGGAUUGUUGGUUUAGUGUAUUCGUCUAAUAUCUUUGUUAUGUAAUAGUCUAGUGUGUUAUUCAUUUGACUGUACCUGCAAAUCACUUGCAUUGCCUGGGUGCUAUUGAACCACUGAUAAUGGCUACCCCUUUAAAAAUGGCCAUACAUGUACAUUCAAGAAUCUGUAUUGACCUCAUCAAAUGGAUACAUCUCCAAAUCAGUAACAACGACUAAAUUAUGUCAUAUCUGCUAAAUGAAAUUGGCCUACAGAAAAUGGCCAGGUAUUGACCAAGUUGUGAACGGGAUAUAAAAUUAUCUAUGCCUUGCACAUGUUUGCAUCUAGUGUUGACCUGAUUUAGUUAUAUUUCUAAAUGAAGGCCACCAGCCUACAACGACAUAAGUGCAGACUUGGGUUGACUUUUUUUUCGACAGCCACUCCUCUCCAUCUACAACAACUACUGAAGCAUGUUGAAUCUGUAAAUUGAAAAGUACCCCAGGGAAAAUGGGUAGUUAAUCAUAGCACAACGAUCAGGGCACAAAUCAUGCAAAGCUCAUUCAAACAAACAAUGCUUGACCGCUAUUUUAUGACUUUCUGUUAUUUAAACAAGUGCAAAUGUAGUACAAUGCGAUAUAAUUACUGUACAUUGUUUAAUCGUACUCUUCUGUAUAUAACUUGUUAUAUAUGCUAAAUUAAGGAUUUUUACUAAAUGAACUUUUUACCCUUUGGAAAAUGAAAACAGGUGGCAUUUUAAAUAUGUCCUUCCUUCCCACCGUGGCCACCUGUCAACAGGAAACACUCUCUGGUGUCCCUUUUGGUGGCACUGUGGAGAGUUUCAAGUCUUUUACUUAAUUAAGUUUUUUUUUUCUGGGGUAAGUUUUACAAACAAACUUACUUUGGGAGAGUAGUUUCAUUCAUUUCUGUGCAAAGAGAAUCCAGGAAAAGGGUUAUGCAGAAGAACCAAAGGUAUCAUGGAGAGACAAGAGGGCAAAAUUCACUAAUAGCUGGUCAUAAAUGGUUAGGUUAGUUUAACUUGUCUGUUCUCUUUGAAUUUAGAACUGCUUUUGUAUCAGCAUACCAACUGUUGAUGGGCAGCAGCAGUUUGUUCUCAGAGUCAAUAGUGGCCAGGAAUGCACCACAUGGAUUGAAGCGGUCACAAAAUCUAGGUAAGUUGAGCAACUACAAGUAGUAACUUCUUUCCACAUGCAAUUCUCUGUAAUGUUUUCACAGUGCUAGAUACCCCAGAUCACAUCAUAUCUUACACCCCCUUUAAAUCAUUACUAUCAACAAUUCCUUUCUGCAUGUAGUUUUGCUGAAGUUCAAUCAGAGAAACAAGAAUUGGAGAAGAAGUACAUUCAUGUGAUGCAGAUUCUGGAUAGUGAAAAAACAGCCAAGUGGCAGUUGCUUCAGCAGUGUGAGGAGCAGGGUCAGUUAGUGUCAAACCUGAAAAUUGAGGUAUGUCAUCUUUUCCUUUCUUUGCAUUGUGUGAUUUGUUUAUUUGUAUUGACACACCUGGGUUGGUUGCCUAAGUGUACUGCAGAGAUAACCCCAGUCAAACAUUUUAUUUGUAAAGCAAAAGCUUUAAAUGGAGAGUACCACCUGAUAAAAAUGUUUGGCCACUAUGUCUCUUGCAAGUUUUUUUCAAUAGCACAGCAUUAAACUGUGGUUAACACAACAUUUCCAUCUUGUGUAAGAAGAGUCUGCAUGUGAAUGGCAUCAGUGUGGUUAAUUCUCUGAAGAAAUGUACAGUUUUUAUAACCUGGCAAAAUAUAACGUAAACCCUUUUUGGGGUUAAAAAAUUCAAAAUUUUUGCAUUCAUCUAACACAUUUAUAAAAGACACUAAAUAUUUGAGGUUUGAUUUAUGCAGAGUAUUUAGAAACUUCCACUUGGAAUACUGGAAAUAAUGUGUCUUCCCUAAUAGGACUGUGUCCUUUCAAAUCUUCAUUUUGUGUGAACAUUUCACUGAUUUAACAAGAUGCUAACCUUGCAAGUCAGUGACCUCCUGUUACAAAUUGAAAACUGAGCAAUUUUACAUAUUUCACCAGACCUUCCACAGAAGGCAUUGAGAAAAGGUGGGCAAAAUUGAAAUGAACAGUCUUUGUGCUCCCUGUGAAUUGUCAAAUAGAGUUAGUCUCAGUAGUGAAAGUUCAUAGUGUUCCAAAAACAACGAUGUGCCAGAAAUGCUGCAACUGAAAUCAUGCUUGUCAGCAAAGAUGUUGUUUUAAAAUUAUAGUUAGGAAGUGAAUCAGAAUUGGAAAACCAAAGAUUAUGGUCAACAAAAUAUGGUGCUUUUAAAAAUCCUUCUACCAAGCUACUUAAAAAGAAAUCAUGGGAAACUAUAUAUCACUGAAAAGUACAGAUUCUGAAAAUAACAAAAAUUUUAAGAGAUUCUGUCCUGGUAGGUAUGUAUAAGCCUCUUAUUACUCCUAUAACUCAACGCUUGGCAAAAUUUUUACAGAAAUUCCUUCCAAACUCCUGGGCAAAGGGCUGCAAAAAAUGCCAGUACACCUGACUGCUGGAGGCCUUUUUGAUUAUGGCAAUGAUUAUGACACCUUUUUCUACUUGUUACCAUUUCCCCUAAAUAACCCUUUCAGUGGUAUCUCACCCUCUUUUUAAUAUUUUGUAAUUAAAAAAAAAAAAACCGGAAAAGGACUAAACUUACACGAGGACUAUGUGCUUUCUCUGACUGAGGGGCAAAAAAAUGAAAUUUUAUAAAUUGUGACCAGAUUUUGUUCACAGUAGCCUUAAGGUGAUUCCUGAGAGAAAAAAAUUUCAAACAAUUUAUUUUAAACAUUCUCUAAAUGUUCCCUGCUCAUGUCUGUUCCAAAAAUUAAAAUAAAAAGGUAGGUCACCAUGCUUGUUUAGGAGAUACGACAAGCCAAUUUUACCUCAUUUAUGCCUGUACUGAGCAUUAUUUCACUGGUUCACUCAGUGUACAUUUUGUGGUAGCUAAAAGGAGGGAUUUUUAAAGUAACAAUUUAAAAAAACUAGAUCAGUGGAAAGUCUUGAGAGUGUAAAACAAUUUGAUAUAUAACUCAAAGAAAACUCAUACAGUUUUAUAUGACACCAACUCUAAAUGUUCCUCUAGUUUUUGAUUUCAAGGUUAUGAUUUUCAUCAUCAAGUGACAGGCUUUGUGAUUUCUUAAAGCUUUAUCUUUUUUCCCCUCAUUAGCUUUUUUUGUACACCAAAAUUAUGCAAUAAAAAAAUGUAAGUCACUGUGCUGGUUUAAGAGCUAAAGGCCAUCAAACCUCUUUGCCUGCUCCAUUGAUUGAAAAGCAGUAUCUUGUUCUCAGAAUGACACUUGCUUAUUCACCUGAUUACAUGAUUUUCAUGUGCAGUACAGGAUGCACAGUGCAAUUCUGAGGAAUCACCUUUAUUGUAGUUACCAGAUAUUUGAAUAUUCAGUGGACAGGUUGACUUGCCAAUCAAAAGACAACAAGAACAUGAGAGUACAAAUUAAUAUAAUUAUUAUCUAUGUUGUUUUAUUUUGCAUUAAACAUUAAAAGAAAUUCUAUUGAAUAGAGGAGAGAGUUAACAGAAAAAAUCAAGAUGACACAUUGAUGUUGGGACAUCAUGUUUAAUCAUAAUGUGAAAUUGAUUAGACACUUGCCAGAUGAGUUUGUGCAGUGUUCCAUGACCAAAUGUUACUUGACCUCAAACAGUUGAAAAUUGAGGGAGAGUUUUGGAUAAGUGUAAGAGUUGGGACUAGGCUAGGACCUUUGCAGGCUUGCUUUCACAACCAUUUGUUUGUAGGCUUGCUUCCACAACCAUUUCUUUUCAUGUCACUUAUACAUACCUUAAGCAUACUUUUUCUAAUGGAUAUCAGCCUUUAAUUAUUAAAUCUCAAAAGAAUCUUUAAGAUGUUGUUGAUAAAAUCCAAGUAAGAACCAUUCAUGGAACUGACAUCUCAUCAUGAAAUGACAUUUUACAGGUUGCUAGCCUUAGAAAGCAAAGGACAACUGAGGCAAGAGAGGAAGAAAGUGAAGAAAUAAAGCAUAUAAAAAAGGUAGUUAGUGUUCUUACAUGCACACCAAAAAAGUUAAUGAUUAUACUUAUAUCCACUGAAACUGGCUGAAGCUUGUUAGGCUCACAACCAUUUUGAAAACUUUCGAGAAAUAAUGAGGUGAGCAGCAAAAUGGGUGACAAGUUACUCCUUGAUUUUGCUGGGAAAUUUUAGUGGUAAUUGUUAGAUAGUGAUAAUUAUUGAUUUUUAAUAAUGCAUUUAAUUUGCUAUGAGUAGCUUCUAUAUAUAUCAGCAUAAUCCUUGUGAAAGAGUUGCUUACUUGGUUGUUUAUGCUCUUAUACAAAAAAAGUAGAGGUAAACCUCAAAAACCUUCUAAGGAAUGAACUGCAGUACUAAAACUUGAAACACCUGAUACUUAACAUUCAUCACAUAAAAGCAAAGUUUUAAAUAAGUGCAAUUCGUUCGUUAUCAAUUUAAUGUUGAUGUUGAGAUUGAGUUGAAACACAAAUACUUUUCAAAAGCUUUUUCUAUCUAUGGUUGAUAAAUUGAACUGUAUAUUUGACUGAAAAAUUCUGUUGAUUCAUCUGCUAGUGACUAUAUGCAUGGAUAACAAGUGUUUGAUGAAAAAGCAUAGCACCAAGAAUUAUUGUAUUCUACAAGUAAUUUUGUAAGGGUGUUGAUUUGUGCUUUACAAUUUUUUUCUGUGAUUAAAAGUAUUAUAUAAUGUGCAAUGAUUAAACUCACUUAUUAACAGGUACAGAGCCUCAUUAGAGGCUGGCUUUGUCGUCGCCGUUGGCACAAUAUUGUUCAAAAUUACAUCCGUUCACCUCAUGCAGAAAGCAUGCGUCAGAGGAACUCAAUUUGCUUUCAGCUUGUGGAGACUGAGAGUGAAUAUAUGCACAACAUGUCCACACUUGUGUCAUGUUUCUUCAGACCUUUUAAAAUGGCUGCAAGCUCAAAGAGGCCCCCAUUAAGCCAUGAGGAAGUCAAUUGUAUCUUUCUAAAUAGGUAUUGUGCUAAAUUUAAAAUCAGUGAGAUUUAAAAAGUAACCAUGAGUCUAACUAGUGGUAAAUCUUAAAUUCAGAAGAAGAGUUAGAAAGAAUUAAAUACCCUAUUGCUUACAUUUUAACCAAAUACUAAUGUUAACUCGAUGUAUGUAAAGCAUACAUUACCAUUGUCUUCAUGAAUUAAAAAAAAUUAUAUUUUAAAGUAAUUCACUGAAAACUGGACUUUUGUUUAAAGUUUUGAAUCAUUUUAAAAUUGAUUAACAUAUUUAAAUAGCCUUCUGCUAAUUUUGGAGAGUGACUGGUUAAAAUUGAAUAAAAUGAACAUAAGAAGGAAUUGAUAAAUUGAAAAUAAACUCUGAGGUAAAACAUACAGUCUUGAGAAAACAUUUCUGUGUUUAAGAAACCAAUCUAAAUCUGUAAUUGUGUAGCAAGAUUGUUUGUUUCAAAAUAUUGUACGUUCUUGAGGAUUGGUUAUAAGAAAAUAUAACUCACAUGCUUGAAAAACAACUCCUAAGGUUUUACAGAACUUUGCUGUUACAGCACAUGAUAGGGGCUAAUUUCCAUCUUUACUGAAUGCACCUGAGAAAGGGUGUAAGUAAAGGCCAGAGAGAGCGUGAUGUAAAUGCUUAUCUUUUUCUCUAUAUUUUGAUUGCAGUGAGACAAUUCUUUUCUUGCAUCAAAUCUUUCUAAAAGGUCUUCAAACGCGGAUGGAAAGUUGGCCAACACUGAUCUUAGGUGUGUGUAGAGCUCGUUACUGCUUGUGUCUGAAGAAACUUUUGCUUUAAUUAGUUAGUUCUUGUUCCGUUGAGCUGCAGUAUGUUGUUAUUAUGAGUACAUAGAUAUCUGCAGUGUGUUGUCAUUGUCAGGAUAUGGACAGCACAACAAAUAAAAAUCGAUUUAGCUGAAGAAACCUCAACCAUACUGGAUGUGAUAUAUCAGAGUUAUAUGUUGAUUAAACAUCCACCAAACUUUCCGACAAUUUACCUCAUGUGCUCAACAAUCAUCAUUUCAUCGGGGAUCAACUUGUAACAUCAGGCCUUGUCCUCUUUUAAAAGAUGGUUUAACUAACAAAUUGGCCGAGCACUUUGAGCCCACCGCUAGAAACGUUUCCUUCAUUUUGGUUAGCUAGCGUUGGCUAGAUAGUCGAGUUUUAUUGACUGAUGCUCGAAAUAGUCCCAUUUGGCCUGUCCGGACAGAUACAAUCCGACAGUUAUAACUAGAAACAUUUUUUAAGAGCUGUCAAGAACCACACGUACUCGAGCAUUUUUUAAUUGAUACAAUAAAAGGUGAUUUAGGCUGUUAAUCAGAAUUUUGGUGACAAAAGAAAAAGUCUCCAAUGCCACGAUCUGAUUGGUGUAGACAAUAACGCACUAUCUGAUUGGAGCGAUUAACAAGCCUCAGUGAAUGAGCAACAGACCCCUAUCCCGUAUUCUGAUUAGUUGUGAAUGACGACUGCCAAUGCCCCAACAACAAAGCUAACAUCAUUUGGCUGAGUGGAAAAUUUAUCAAAGUUUUUGGGGCAGAUUUUACAGCAGUAAGUUGGAGCCACUACAGCUGCUCUAAUAUUACCCAAUCAAACAUAUAUAUCUUCGGAAACUAUUGCCGGUUAUACUGUGAAUGUGAGCGCUAGAUAUUCGAUAUUUAUUGCAAAACACAUGUAAAAGACGGCGGUGCAUAUUUGUUAACAAUGCGGAAGGUUGUGUAUACAGGGUGAUCUCUGACGUAUCUAUCAUUUUUGUUCACAUACAGGUGACUUAUUUGAUAUGCUACUACCCAUGUUAAACAUUUACCAAGAGUACGUUCGCAAUCAUCAUUAUUCUCUACAAGUAAGUCCUCAGCGGACGGUCUCUCAGUUAGUUUAACUAAUACUUGAUUUGGUCAUCCGUUUUUUACUCAAUGCUGACAUCUAUCAACUCGCCUAUGGCCAUUUUCUUUUCUAAUUUUUGUUUUAGUUUAUUUUUCCAAUUUCUUUCCAGCUGGCUAUUAUUAAUCGAAGAGCACCAAGAUCAGUAUCACUCUCCUUUCGUUCCGCAGCAAUCGUCGCUUAAAGAUUUCUUGGAUUAGAUUUUUUACUAUUAUAUGUGUAAGCCAUUGGCAGAGAGAUGUCGGCUGCCAAACAGGACCGUCCCACACCAGCUGUUUUUGUUUUUGUUUUCUUUUGUUCUUUACGGCUGCCUAUUGAAAGUAUAUUGUUUCUUUUUUCCUAGACUUUGGCUGAGUGUAAACAGCGGCCAGCAUUCAGUCGUCUUCUUAAGCUGUAUGAAGAAAAAGCAAUUUGUGGCGGAAGGACGCUGGAAUAUUUCCUAACUGCUCCAAUGUAUAGGGUGAGUAACGGAUACGUUACAAAGGUUGGAUUGAAUAGGACCAAAUCUUGCGAUGGGGAUUAGGUAUUACCAUAGCUAAAUAUCUUAACCAGUCAUGGCACUUAAGCACUGAUUGUGAAAAUUUUUAAGUUACACUAUGUAAAACUGAACUUCGCAAUUACACGGUGAAAAAGAAAAUGGCAAUCUGGGUGUCGGAGCCUUCUUGUUUUAAUUUCUAGCAUUUUUUUCUCAUUUGUAGUCGGGUGAACAGAUUUUGGCUUUUACACAAAUACCACCAGUUCUUGUGGCUCGAACCCAAAGAUUCCGAUUUAAGAGAUUAAGGCCAUAUUCACAUGUUAUUGGACAAAGUUUCGACCGGUUAAACGUAGUAACGAAUCAUCCUGAAGGCGUCACUUUGGAUUUGAUAGCGGGGGGCUGUGUGCAUAGGCAUUUGGGAAAACCACAGACAAACGUUAAGAAGCCAUUUGCUGGUCAGUUGCACCUUUUUACGGGUGAUAUUGUUGACCAGUGAACAUGAUCAAAAAAAAAUUGUAGGAAAGUAUGGAAAAAGAAUAAUUGAGAGCGCGAUUAUCGUUGUAAAUUGAUUGAUGAUAUACAUGAGAAUAUUACAAGUGUGAAGUUUUAACACGAGUGUGCAUUUAAAGCCAAAAUUUCGUCGGUCUUGACUUAAUGUGAUGCGUUUUUCAUGUAAGUAACAACAUGAUUUCUCGUGCAAUUUGGUGUAAAUAAGCCACGUUUCUAUUUUCUUGCGGGAGAUCUAGUAAUGCCUAUUCUUUAAGGGAAUGGCUAAGUAUCACUAAGUAACCUGGUAACUGCAUUAGACAGUUAAUGUCGUUUGUAAUCUUGUAUACUUACUGUGCCUUUUCUGAGUAAAUAAUCAUGUUGAUGCAACGCAGAUUUGAUUUCCUGAGGAAUGUCUCAUAUCAAAGAGAAAUAAAAAUUAAGGAGAACAAACUCCGAGCCAUUUCUAAAUGAAAUGACGGGAGGUGUUUACUUCGAGAAAAUACUAAAAUUUUCGUGUCAAAUUUAAUUUAAUCUUUAUCUUAAGCCCUAAGAGUGACUAGCAUCAAAUUUCUCCUUACAAUGGUCAUGGUCAUGAGAAUAAAGGAAAUGAUCAACAAUGAAAGUAGCUUUUUGAUUGCUAAACAAUUUUCCUUGCCAGCACCUUAGGAUAUGUAUAAAGAACGGUGUGGAGAAUAUAUACACUGAUAUUAGGGUGUAAAGGGUUAAACAUAUACCCAUCAACACAAGAUGGCUGAUCAUAGGAGAUAAUUCUGUAAUGGGCGUGUUGAAGCUCUAACAUCUAUUAGUACAUCAUUCAAUGUAAGUCAAAAGAAUGUAUUUUACAUACGCUAUGCCUUCAUUCUUUUGCUUUCACCUCUCACCUCUUUCAUGUAUAUUCACUGUGUUUGUGUCUUUGGAUUGUCGUCUAUUUUCUUCUACGUCCUGCACACCUUUACUUUGAAUAAAAGCCACCAUACACUGUCAACAACGUCCUUGUCUUCCUGUACAUUGAUUGCAGUUCUUUUUGUUCCCCACAUCAAUGCCUGCAUUAUACCUGAAAAGCGACACACAUGACCUUUUGAUAGCUGUGAUAAUAUUCUCGGCUUCGAGCUUCUGAAAUAUUCAGCUUCAACUUUAUUCUUCUUCUCUUGUGAUUGGAAGUACAGAUUGUACAUAUGGCCGCAGUUGCUUGUCAAACAUUUCAAUUAAUGUCUUUCUGACAGAUUGAGGUUUCUACCAAUGAUUGGCUGCUGUCUUGGCAUGCGUUUAACUUUAAAUAUUCGGUGCUUUUACAAAAAUUAUUUUUAUCAUUGUUACUAAUGUUAUUAUUAUUAUUAUUAUUAUUAUUAUUAUUGUUGUUGUUAUUAUUAUUUUAUUAUUAUUAUUAUUAUUGUUAUUAUUAUUAUUAGGGAUUCGUUGCCAUUCGUAUGUAAGAUUAACGUACUCACAAAAGCCUAUUAAAAGCUUUCAAAACCCAUUGUAAUCUGAAAUAUGUUUCCAUUUUUCAUAAAUUCUUAGCACAGUUGUAGAAGACGCAGGCACUAGCAGUCUUUACCCUUGUGAUCUUCAAAUUGAGCCCUUUGCAUUGUCUUAGCGACCAUAUUUAGAAGAACGACGACAGCCGCAGCCCACAAACUUUUAAUAAUGAGAGUCGGUUGCAAUGACAAUACAUAUUUUUUGACCAUGCAGUUUGAUGCUUAGCGCAGUUUUUGCAUGUUUUGGUCUGCGCACGAGGUGAUUUGAUUUGAGUCAAAUUGAUCGUCGAUGGAUUAUUAACUUGGAUAGCUAUCUUAUAGUUUCAGUGAUCGAUUAUGGAGCUCUACAGGAAAUGCUUUUUUCUGACCGCUAGCCAACCAGGAUAUUUGGUGUUUUUGUCCUAGAAUUAUUCAGAAGGUGGCAAAAAUGAUUUGUAGGCUUAAAUGUUUCCUUGCGGGGCUAUUGUUCAUCUUAAGUGCUUUCUCUCGCGCCAUUAAGUAUGUCUGGAACAACUCCGCUGGGAGUCCGGUUUUAUUACAACCCUUAUUGGUACAGGAUUGACGAAUAUAAUCAAAGAAUUAAUUUUGUUUAUGUACCCAUGAUUCUGUAUGCAGUUGUGACAGUGUUAGCGUUAAUAUAAGAGAGGUUAUAAGGUAUUUUUUUCAUCGAUUUUCAUGAUAUUUCAAUAAUGCAUUUAUUGAGGUACUGCGUACGCGCUUACGCUAUUCGUCGGUUGUAAAAAGGAACUCUCAUCGUUUCUUUUUCGAUUUACUCUCGUAACAACAGAUGCUCUCUUUGUUCCUAACUCAUCAAUUUUAUAUUUUGCUUUGUUAUUUCAGUUAUGACCGCGGCUGAUUUUUCAAGCCAAACUUACACAAGCGCAGGCAUUGACUUGUGUCUAUGUCGUGGUUCAGAUUUCGGAUUUGCUUUAUUAUAAUUUUUUUAUUGACUUUUUUUUCUUCCUUGUCUACCUUUACGCGCCAGUAUUUUUCGUGCAGUUAGUCUCCAUAUUAAUCAGUAUCCAAACAAAGUCCACUCUUAUGCUCUGCCUAUUUUCGCACGCCUAUUAGUAAUGCUCGUUAUAAGCUUUUCGUUGCAUUCGAUUUUUGAAAAGCAUGUUUUUGAAGGGAUAAAUUCUAUUAUAAUUUGGUUGUGCUAAAUGAUAGUGGCGAGGCAACUGACUAAAGACUGAUAGCCAAUAUCUAUCUGUCUUUCGCAUUGUCUCGACAACGCUAUCCGCGCCUAAAACAUAUUUAAAUGCAUCAAGUCAACGCGUAACCAGCACGGAAAUUUGAUUCUUGUUGUUAAAGUCUUAAUUGAACGGAUUUGUCUCCCCACUGAGACCACUUUGUAUCUUAAGAUUACGUGGUUCAGGAAAACUACGUUUUUUCCGUAAAGCAUGAUGUUGAUAUUAUCCGUUUAGGUGUUUUGCUUGUAAUUUUGAGUGACAUUGAAGCUUCUGUCGCAUGUUGUUAUCCGUUAAUUUUUCCAAAUUGGCUUCUGAAACAAGGCGUGAACGCUCAGGUGUCACUGGGAGGUGUGAAGAUUGGCUGAACUCAUGGGCAGACAGUGUGACAACUCCGUUUUCAUGUGUAUAUAACGAAAUGGGCAGUGACUUUGUCCUAACAUUGGUGUAAUUCUAAGGUUGGGUUUCGUUAUUAAGUCAUUUCUUUUGAUCUGCAUGAUCGUUAUUCUUGCAUAACGCGUUUGUUUGUGUUGUUUUUUCUUUUUCAAUUUUUGGCAAACUGUAUAACCCAUGAUUUUUUCCAAUUUGUACCAAUUUGUUGUAGCUAGAUGUUAUACUUCCUACGGUAAUCAUACAGCUUGUGUCUUUGGUAUAAUUGUUUAAGUAAAUGGCCGCCUGUUUAACCUAAGUGGUUAUGACAAACCUGCUUUCUUAUUAAAAGGAAGGUCAGCUAGAACUGGUUUAAGAAGCUUUCACAAACCCUGUCCGGGUUUGACUCGGUCCAUUAUUUUCCCCUCGUGAUUUGCGGUGAGUACAGUUGCAAUGCAAGUCGUAGAGAGGAAUUUUUAGCUGAUACAGUAAAAGUUUUUCUAAGUGUAUUGGAGCUGGUCAAUGAGAAGGCCAUGCCAGUUCUGUACCGUUCUUUGCAGGAUUCGAUUCAGUUGCUUAUAUUACGUUGAUAGUUUGUGGAAAGCUUAAGAACAACUUACAAUCGAAAGACCGCGAAACAUUCAGUUUCACUGCUGUUCAAGUAGUGGUCAUUGCUUCGAAGAUCACUCUCAUCUUCGUUUAUUAAUCCGCAGUACAAAUAUAUAACAUUCAUUUAUUCACAGUCGUUCAUUCAUUACUCAUAAUCGCGGGUUGAUUACGAACUAACAAAAAGACCCGCUCUAAGUUGGCUUAUUGGCUCAGUUGAUAGAGCUCUGCAACGGUAUCGCAGAAGUCAUGGGUUCAAUUCCCUAACUGGCUGAAUUUAUUUCAGGCUUUAUUCUCACUGCUGCUUUAAUAGUGUUCAUUACUGUGAAAAUCACCCACUUCUUUAUUUGGUAAUCUUCAGUUCAGGCAUAUUAUAUUCAUAUAUAUGCCCAGUCUUUCAGACCUCGAAACAUGUUGGGGAAAUGGGAAGUGAGUCUUUCCGCCCAUCUGGAAAAAAUAAACCGACUUUCAUAUUAAAAUUUAAAUGUGCAUUAACGCGCUUGUCUUCUUUGGACUUUGCUGUAUUAGGCCAAGUAAUGCAACUGUUUGCCAGUCUUUGCGUUCUCUUCCAGACCUUUGCUCUCAAAAUUCCCUUCUUACGUUCUUUCGCUCAUUAUCUCUCGCUGAGAGCCUGCUACAGGCUUUUACAGGUCGUUUACAGGUCGUUUUUGACGAUAUUUGCAAUUGAUGUUUGUUCAUUGAUUGUUGGGAUAUCACUCCGGGUACUAAUUUGUAACGCAAAUUCCUCCCAAUUCCUCAUGUUAUUUUCUCAGUCUUAAAUAAAAGCUGUGCCGUAGCAAUACGAGAACAAAGACUUUCGUAAGUUGGAGCCAAUGCGACGUUUACACAAGCAUCGCUGCAAGCAUCGCCGUCACUGUGCAGCUUGUUUAUCCAAAUAAUCAAAUACAUUCGUGCUCUACUAGUACAUGUAAUGAUUACCGUCCUCAUGUAAGUAAAACAAACAUUAAAGUCUUUACUAUCCUUUAUCAAGGUCAAAAAGUAUGGAAUUCACUUCUCUAGGAAGUAAUAUGCUCUGAUACCCUCCUUGUUUUACAGGAAAAAAAAAUUUAAAAACAAACUUAUUGAGUACAUUGUAAAUGAGGAGUCCUCCUUGGUAUAAGCCUGCUUAUUUCUGAAGGCCUCCUCUAUAUUAUUAUAAUGAUUACUACCUUUUCGUUUUCUAAGGCGAACUGAAUGAAUGAAUAAACAAAUAAAUAAAUAGUUUAAUUUUCUUUUGUAUUUUUUUCAAACAGGUGCCGGCCUACAUUAUAACUUUGCAUGACUUGCUGGCUCUCACUCCUCAUGAUCACGUGGAGAGAAAUACUUUACAGUAUGCGCAAAGCGUCUUGGAAGAUCUUUCCACGGUAAGCCACAAGAGCUGCAACCAAACUUCAGCAGGAAUGGUAAACUGGUAGCCCUAAUUAUUAGGCUAACCCUAAACUGGAUAAUCCUAUUACUAAAGCAUAUUUUUUCUAAUAAUAGCGCUGAGUGCGUGUUUCCCGCUUUGAGCUAGAUUCAUCGUACUACCUUCAGCAAUUGUACACAUAAGAGCAUAACUUGUAUUCGGCUUAUUUUUUUCUCUCCCGGUAAAUUUAAGAACGCCAUAUUUCGCAAGUAGGAAUACGAAAUAUUUUAUGUCGAAUUUGAAAAAGUUAACCCUCAGACAAGUACUACAAAACCUGAAUAAUGAUGAAUGGCGUUUCCGGUGGAAACAGACCCUACCCCCAUCGCAAAAGAAAAUGAAUAGAUAAAUUGAUAAACCAACAAACAAAAAAGCAAAAACAAACAACUAAGGAAUAAACAAACGAUCACAACCAAGAGAUAGCGAACCUUUUUUUCAGACUAAUAUUUUACAGAACUUUCAAACUGAAGUUUAUAUGAACUAUUGUCUGUCAGUGGCUUUGAAUGAGACACCCAUGCGACCAUUGGCUAAAUACUGAUCUCCCUUCAAUCGCCAUUUCUGCCACAUUUUGUAUUUUGUUUGUCAGGUAAUGCACGACGAAGUCAGUGAGACAGAGAACAUUCGUAAAAAUCUGUCCAUAGAGCGUCAGAUUGUGGAAGGCUGUGAUAUGCUUUUGGAUGUCAAUCAGAUUUUCAUAAGGCAAGGUAACGUAAUUUUUCACGUAAAGUUUCCGUUGCUUGUCUUGUUCACCUAUCAGCUGUGAACGUAACGCAAAGAGAUUUCAUCAGUUUAUCUUUUCAUUUUGUUUUUCAUUUAUGGCUUUAAUUGUUUGUUUCUCACAAAAAGAAACGUCUAACUUGAGUGCGUAUUUUGUCUUAGGAAAUUUAAUUCAGGUUACAGAAAAUCGUAAGGGUAAAACGUUUGGUGGAUUGUCGCUGAAGUCUUCGGAAGGAAGGAAAGAGACUGUUCGUCAAUGCUUUCUGUUCUCAGGCUUCCUGCUGCUGACCACUAGAUCAUCAAGCGGACGCCUUCACCUUACUAAGGUACAACUCACCGCACCAAUGGGUUAGCUUCAAUAUGAGGUGGCCCCAGUUGCUGAUUUGCCUUAAGCAAAGUCUUACAAAAAAUUCCAUCAACACAUCUACGCUUUGCGAACCUGUAGCAAAGAUUUAGUAAUGACCUGGAAUGUAAAUAAAUUAUAUAGGAUAUGCAACAUUUAAUCAAACAAAUUCAUUCAGAAACUUCGUCGCUACUUCGAAUGUCACCACUUCGAUUAUGGCUGGGGCGCCAUUGCUAACCCGUGAUAUUUCCGUGUCGUGGUUUAACCCUUUCACUCCCAGCGGUUCAAAGAAUGAAUAUCUUAUUAAAAUAUCCAUGUAUUUUCAAACAGAGAGGCGGCGGGAAAGAAGGAAAACAUCAACUAUGUAUAUCGUUUGAUUUCUCACGAAAUUCUCAGAUCUAAUAUCAUGAAAUUUUUGGCAGACAAUGUGGAGAAUGUUGUUUAGAGUUUGAGUAAAUUGUUUUUUUAAGAACGUGCAGGGGAACGUUUUGAUUGAAUAAUUCAGUCGAACUCGCAAACUUUUUCUCAGUGUGGUUCUCUUGGUUUGUCGUAGAAUGGUGCUAACAUUUCUCUCGCUGAUGCUACUUUAGUCGAGGACUAUUUUGAAGACGGUAAGUCACCUAGGCUGUUUUAAACGUCAGUAGAAAGACUAAGAAAAAGUUUUUCUGUCGUCUUUUAAGUUCGAAGAAUGAUGUCCGAUAUGAAGUUGGAAAAUUAGCAGAUCGGCUUUAGUUCAUUGGGCCGUCACAACAGAAAUUGCACCUGGUAUUGAAUUGGUUGAUGAUAAAGUUUUUGGAAGGAGGAGGGGGGGUUCGUAAGGAGUCAUCUGGCGGAACGGGUUGGUCGCGAUUUGUCCACUGUUGGGCGACUUUUUUUUCCCGAUUUAACCUGGGUGUCAACACAAGUAUCCUUGUAUCGCAGGGGAUGUCGAAAGCCUCGGUGGCCGAGGAUACCAGGAAUUUGACUUAGACGAUCUGACAUUUAAAUUGAUUGUACGAUCACGUGAUAAGCCUGAGCCAGGACCUCCCUACACUGUAACUUUAAUGGCUCCGUCGGCACAAGAGAAGGCUGCUUGGACUUCUGAUAUAAGCCAGGUACACUAACCAGAUCAUCACCAGCACUGGCCUUACUUAUUAACUCAACUAAUGAUUGUCACGAGAUGUAACCAGGAUGUUUAACAGAGGGAAAAUGUUUUUCUAAACCAGCCCCUCGCUCUGCCACGGCAAGUCGGCUAAGAACAACCGCAAUCGGAUCUUAUUACAAUCAAGACAAAUUAACCUUAUGUUUGCCUUUACUACGUUUAAACGUUUUGUAUUUUUGUCAGGUUUAGGCACCUAUCUCUAAGACUCGACUCUUCGAAUUCAACAGGAAAUCAAAAUGAUCACCUUCAAUAGUUAUCCCAUAUAACCUGACAGUGGACGAUAAAACUUGUACAAGUACAUUGGAAAAUCUCAAAGACGGUGUUUGCGUGACGCUACCUUUCGUUUUGUCAUUCGAAUCUUUUCCUUUGUGACCUUUGUCAUUUGCUUCAUCUACUUGAUAAUUUCCAUAUUUUCUUUCCGUUUUCUUUAUGUUCCAUAAGGUGAAUCUGUUGGUUUUCUUUAACAAAAUUCACCUUCAUGUUGCAGCUUCAACGUGGUCUUGCAUUUGGCCUGUUAAGAAUUUAUUUAAAGAUUUUUACGGCCUCUGAAUAAAAUUUUGAGACCGUUGUAGUGGGCGCACGGCAUUUUCUGAUCCGGGUGGGCGGCUCUAUGUCCGUAAGUUCUUUAUACUCACCACGUUUAAAAGCUUUCUUAGUGUCUUUUGCUCAACCAACGCCGGCUAAUGAACGUUUAUGGAAUCUUGAAAGAGAAAUAUUACCUGAGUUCAUGCUUGGAAGUUUCUUAUUUCUAUUUACGAAAACAUUCUGUUUUUGCUUCUUGUACGAUAUGAUUCAGAACUUGAACUACUUACUAGGAAUAUUAUUUAUAUGUAGCUAUUAAAAAGCAAAAUAAAACAGUCAUAUUUUAUUCUAAAUGAUACGGAGAGAUUGGCUGUUUAAAACAAUUUCCGCCGACCAGUGUACACUUCCGCCCACCAUCUAAAUAUGGCUACGAAUCUCUCGGGACGAGAUGUGUUCAUUAAUAAAAGUCUCUCUCAGAAUCCAAAGAAUUUUACGAGGCCAGUUUUUUGGAGGCUUUUACCACAUGAUCACGAUUUUAUCUUAGCUAAUAAGGAAACAGUUUAGUCAUUGGACUCUAUGGCUUACGUUACCAAGAGAAACUUCCGCUGUGGCAGGUGUAGUCAGCUGGUUUCAAUUUGUAAAUGCAUCAGUUAAAAACGUGGGUUUAGUUUACCGGAAUAAAUUAGCUUCUCUCAACCAGUUGUGUUUAAGCUUAAAUAAAACAGGAAGUCGACUUUUAUCGUCACUCACCGCACUGUAAAAUGCUUAUUGCAGUAUCUUUGUCUAGUUUGGUGUUAUAAUUGUUAAGGUAGGCACCUAAAUUGCUGAAAAACUUCGCUUUAACUAUUUCCUAUUUAUUCUGUCAGUGUUAACGUGACAUGAAUAUUGUUUUUGCUCUUUAAAUAGUAUUGUUAUUCUUAAAUAGUGUAGUUUUUUUAAUCGUGAAUUAAGCUGUUUUGCAUUAGUUAGGCAAAUUACUGGUUGCUGCCAAAAUCUUCACAAAAUAUUUUUUGCCGUAAAAACCGGCUUUUUUUUGUGGGAGUUAUACUGGCGUCCUUGGUGCCUAAUCAUCUUAUAACCUUAUGAGGCUUGCCUUUCAGUGUAUCGAGAACCUUGCAGUGAUGGCUGAAGAAGACAAUAUCUCAGUUGCCUCAAGACGUAGCUCAACCAGUGUUAGGUCAGGUUUUUUUUCUUGUUUUCCCAAAUUUUAGAGGAAUUUAAAACUUGUUGAGUUUGCUUGGUUUAAUUUUCUUAAUUCCAACUAAACAUGACUUCCAAAAACGUAUCUCGUACAACAUUCGUGUGUGAAGUAAUUUUAUUUAAUUUCAGGACAUACAAGCAUAAAGGCUACUUUCCUUACACUUGCCCAUAGGAUGUCUGAUAGUUCUAAAAGCGUUUGAGUCAAUCCGAUCAACUCACUAUUUCCCAUGUAAUCGUCUCUGUCUUUGGAUGCACGUGCUUACCGGAAGAGCGCUUCUUUCGAAUAACUUCCGCUAUCGAUUGAGCGCCUCACUCAAAAGUAACAUUAUUUGUGUCUACUGUUACUAUGUUUUUCGGUUACACUCGUUUUUACGUGCAAAUGGCGCAUCAUCAUCGAUUUAUCAAAUUCAUUGUUUCGGGGAUGCAGACCGGGACGAUGCGGUGAGAUCAAAGGUUGUCUUAAUUUGGUUUUUAUCGCCCCUUCUAUCCCCGCUUUCUGCGCGGUGUUUUUACGAUUUGUCUCGUUGAAUAUUCCUUGUGUGUCGUUUCCGGUAAGAAUAGUUAUUUGUUUUGUUUGAUUGUUUAUGUUUAAUUGUAUUUAUAAACGGUUAUUUCUAUUUUAAAUGUAGAUCGGACCCGAAACUCUUUACCGAUGAUGUUGAUAUAAAAUACUGCAAAGCACUCAACUGCUGCAAGCUACCGAAGGUUAGCGCUCAGUUUCUCUCUAAUCUCAUUAAUUUCAGAUGCUAUAAAAUUUGGAAAACUGUUAUUUCCCAUUUAACUUAAAGUGUUGUCAAAUAAUUCUGUUGAGGGCAUUAUUUUAGGAUACUUCUAACAGGCCACAGUUGACGUUUGCCACUGUUGUGAUGAACUCAUUAACCAAAUAUGAAAGAUGGUAACUAACUAAAUACGCGAGCGUGGGUCCUGACUUACUAAGCCUAACAAUCCUCAGAGCCUUCCCUUAAACAAUUAUCGAGUUUGAUCUAUUAGUAAAUUUAAAAGAGGCAAAUUUUACGCUUAAGGAACCUUGUGUACAUUUAUUUUGUUUGAAAAACUGCGACGAACUGGAACGAUCCUGCGCAGAGUACCUCUGAAACGUAUCUGUGUUAAUUAACAUGAAGCUGUCGACAGUGCUGAUCCAAGCAGUAUGCAGGACGUGUGUCAUAUGAACUUCGUAAUAGACCUCACUCACCGUAGACUCUCUACGGCUCAGUGGUAGAACAUCGGAGCGCGGAAUCCGAAGGUCUGAGGUUCAAUUCCUCUUGGGGACUCAGAAUUUUCUCUUUGACCCACGCUCGUGACAAGACGAAAAACAUAUUUCUGUAUUUCUUUACCGGGCUCAGAACUUACCAUAUCUCUUAUUCUAUUUACUUGCCUUGUUUUAAAUCGUUCUCUCGCAAGCGACAUAUAGUCGAACCAGUAUUUAGCGGUCACCUACGGGGAAUGGUGGGGCGAACGCCAUUCUUUGCCAUAAUUGGCCGUUUAAUGUACAAAAAGUCGCCUAGAACUACAAUCAACAGUGAUUUCAGUUGGUAAACAUGAAUUAAAUUUUGCUUGAAAGAUAAUUCUUAGUUUAAUUCGAGUGUUUCCGCUUGAAGUGAUCGUUCAAUACAGGUGGGGCAUAAUAGAAACAGGCAGUCGGAACUUAACUAAAGGGUGACCGCCAUCGCUUAAUAGAGGUGACCGCUUUUGAUAUAGGUGAAAAUAAAAGUAACUGAGGGAAACAAAUUUCGGGACUUUGACAACCGACAGCUUAAAACAGAGUGGCCGUUUGGUACGGUACCGCUUAAAACAGAAUCGUAUGGUCGCUAAGGACCACUAGUGGCAUUCAUUUCAAACCUUUUGGAAAUGUUUAAUGUGUAUGAUUUGUUUUGUUUGUCGCUCUAGAUACGUCAUGCUAGCUUGGAACGUCUUUUGGAACGCCUUUUAGAUACUCGUUUCCUCAGUGCGGACUUCUUAAACACGUUCCUUAUCACGUAUCGCGUGUUUACAACAGCUUCCAACCUCCUUGAUACCUUGCUGCAGUUUUACUACGCUAAUAAUGCAAAGGACUACCCACUGUACUCGGCCACAGACGUGUUUUCCCCAAUAAGCCGUAAAGUCCGAUCCGUAUCGCUUCCCAGUGAGGCACUGAGUCCCCGUCAAGAUAAGAAGAAAGGUAAUAAUUAGACUUCAUAACCAAAUAGAUCUGACUUAAGGUAUUUACUCGAAAAUGGAUUUUUAUGCGUAUUAAGUUUCCUAAUUAGUCAAUAGGCGCUUGUUCAGAGCGCUAACGUUUUAUUGAGUUAUAGUACUGCGGAGUAAAACUGAACGUUAUAAAACAUAGCCAGCAAGAUUAUCUGCGAAACUAACUAAUUAAACUGAAGAAAAAAAUUUACGGUUAGCCUGGAUUGGGAUAAUGGGCUUGAACACCCUGAUACAGGCCUGCAAAAGCCAUGUGCUGAUAUUUCAGAUAUGUGUAAGAAACGUUUGGGUAAACUUUGAACAGUACCCAAGUGACCUGUUUAUUUGUGAAGAGUUUGUUCCUUUAUGCAAGUGUUUGUAUUUAUGAUUUCUGUGUAAUCUUUGAUAGAUUGGCGUGAAGUUAGUUCGGUGAUCCUCAUCAGCGUCUUUCGUGUGCCUUCGCUUUUCUUCCUUGUAAUCUUAGAGGUGCAAAAUUCCGCGACACGUUGAAAAGUUGAGAACCUGUACAAACUGAUUUCAUGUAAUUGACAGAGAGACGCAUGUGCAUACCUUUCAUAUUGCUCUUUAAACCCCUAUUUAGCUUCUAUCGUCAACAAUCCUGAAAUGAACGGAGCUCUGGGAAUAAUCGAUUCCCAGUGUAGUGCAGCUCCGUGAUAUUGCCAUGUUUUAUGUCUCACAAACUAUAUAUGAUGUGUGAUAAAUUCAGUUGUAGUACCCGCGUCGAAAGCUCGUUUUGUGUCUACCUAUUAGCCAAUCGAGGUCAAUUACCUCAAUUUGUAAAUGCGAACGUCGUUUCUCGAUAUCAUUAUUGAGCUUACUAAGGUGAUUUUUUUUAUUUACACUGAGGAUGUCUAUUUCUUCCUCACGGAAAUGUAGAAACAAAACUGGUAAUUGUCUUUUAACUCGUACACACUGGCGUACUUGACAACGGUAGUAGAAUUUCAGUUUUAACUUUUUCGAGCAUCCGUUUGUUAACAAACUGCUUUUGGUUAAAGUUACUUUCAUACUUAUUAUAAACUUAAUUUAGACUGCUUGAUAACUCCCCGUUCAGUUAUUGGCACUUUGCACUCCUUUACUUUGGGCCACGUGUAAAUUUGUCCGUUUAAGUUGAAUUUGUUUACUUCCUAGUCAAUUUUGUUUUCCGCGUCGUUGCUUUGGCAAAUUUCAUUUUCCGCCGUGUUCGUGCGCCAAACCUGCUCCCUUAUUUUAGAAAAUGUAUUUAAAACAUAGAUGAUUCCUGAUCUUGAGUAAAACUUUACCUUUUUGUUCCCUAUCAAGGACGGAAUAAGUUCUUUGGUGAACAGAAUCAACAGUCUCCUUCGCAGUCCAUCUCAAUUACUGUUUCUGGUGUAAAAAUGCCGUCGGAUAACGAGCAGGUGGAGAAUAAACAUCAAGAAGCAGAAAUGGAGUCCAGGACGCCAGACCGGUUGUGCCCAAGUAACUACCACUCCUACAGGCGACACUCGUCACCUUCCGCCCUUGGCGAGACCGCUGCGUUCGAGUUUCCUGAAUCCUCUGACGAUCCACCUCAGUCACCAGAGGAAGACUCGCCGACACCUAUUCGACAUGGAGGGCCUCAGAACUACAGUUCACCGUUCUUAUCACGCGGGAACAACACUCGCACCCGUGCCCAGAGCAGUUCAUCGGAUUUUAUGUCCGGAGGGAAUGGUAAAGACAGCUCACUGUUAUCUUCUUCCCAGGAAGAUGACAUUUUUGAAUUAAAAUUUGAGCUACAGGCCCCACCGAAACCGCGUAGUAAAAGAUCUCGUCCGUCUUCAUCAAGUGGAACUGCUGUUGAGUCACUGGAGAGUAGCUUUCAAACAUCCUCCCCCCCUUUUCGAGCAUCUUUAAACACGGUAUCUAAACAAGUUCAGUCAACACUUAAUUCAAAUCAUGAGGGAAUGGAGAAAACAAGGAAAAGACUCACUAAUGCCGUCGAGAACUAUGAUAUAAGUUUGGAUAGUGGGGAAUUUUCUCAGGCACCCAGUGUGAUAAAUCGGCGACGGUCUUCUCCUGCUGUGUCGCGCGAACGGUUGGUAGAGCCUCCAAUCACUUGUCUUGGAAUAACUGUGGACAGUAGUUCAGAAUCACCCCUGAACAAACAUUCAUCGAGAGGACCAAGUUCACCAUGUCGGCUCUAUAAGAUCGUCAAAGAGGCAGAGGAAAGAGUGCUAAAUCUCAAGUCACAAAGGCGUCCCAAUUCUCCGAAGCUAUCGUCUCAUCCGCCUAAGUCGCCUGUCUCCCCUAUAAGUUCACCGCGUUCUCCUCUUUCACCAUCGGCUACUAGCGUUAGUGCCGGAGUUGUGGUGACAUCAUCAAGACCUUCCCGGCGCAGGUCCAGUAUAUCAUCUGCAGCUUCGGCUUUUGCCGCUGCAACCGCAGGCGCAUCUCCUUCUUAUGCGGCUAACUCAUCUCCUACCACAAAAUUCCGUUUUGGUUUGUAGAAAAUUGCAUUUAAUUGUCUCCUGGUUUACAGUUUUUGUUUGGUUUAACUAUUCUUUUUUCUCUGAUCUACUGUCAGUUUGUGUCUUGCCAGGUCACACAAUCAGAGAACUGCUAUCCUCAAACACCGAGAAGGCCACGAUGAGGGUUUUGACCAUCUUGCGUCACUGGGUAACCAAACACCCUGAGGUAAGAAUUGUUGUGGAUAUGUUUUGAAUAUGUUUGCUGCAGUUACCUGCUGUUUUUCUUAGUUUUCCUUUCUUUGCCUUCUGUUUACAAUUUGUUUUUUAUUCUUUCAUUCUCAGGACUUCGAAGGAGACCCAGCUUUGAAAGAGCAAUUGAUCUCAUCAAUGAGUCAUAUUCUCGCUUAUGAUGGAUCAACGAAUUUAGAGCAAAAAUUUGCGACGGCAAUUAUAAAGUAAGUCACAUGAGAUGACAUUGUCGUGGAAAAGCACCUUUUGUUCUGUAACAUGUUAAGUUGAUGGUGGACAACAACUCGAACUCAAACUCAAACGGCACCCCGUAAAAAAAUGCACCAUUUCGUCUUUUCAGUAUAGAAUGGUGAAAUGUGUGGGUGUUUCCGUUUCAUAAAUGAGAUCCGUUCCGUUUAGUUUACCUACUAGAAUUACAACAAGCGUCGUCGAAUAUAAGUACGACUUGGAGAAAAAAGGUAUUGUAAGGGUAUUAACCUGGAAAUUUAGCUUUCCGUUUCUAUGAAAAAAAGUCAAAAUUUCCUACUGGUCCGGUUUUCUCCUUAGGACGCUGGAGCGAAAGCAUAAGGAAUUAGAAACUCUACUCUCAUUUGAAACAAGCUGUCUUGCCAUGGUAAGUUCCCUUCAGUCUGUCCACGGUCUUUUCGGUCGAGUCCUUCCUCCUGUCUCCUGUAUUUUGUGCUUUUAGUUUAACAGCUAUGGAUCUCUCCUCUCUCCUCUCUCCUCUCUUCCUCUUUAAUGCCGUGCCCUUCUCUUAAUAAAAGUGAUAUUACGAUGAAGAAAAUUGACUUUAGUCCCCUCUCGAUUUCAGCGUUACUUUUUGCCAGUCUUACUGGCCUUGAUAGAGAGAGAGAGAGAGAGAGGGUGGAUGGAUGGGUGUGUGUGCGCGUGUGUGUGACGUCAUGUACAUUUCAGUUUGAUUUUCCACUGUAUCAGCCCCUAUAAUUUUUCAGGUGGAAGAGCAACUAGCUUCUAAAACAAGAAAGUGUUGUACAGCUUACUACACAAAUUAGGUUUACAUGUUGCAAAAUUAAACUCAGUUAUACAUGGCGUCAUAUUCUUUCUCGGUCAAGCUCUCUUAAUGUAACUGGACUGGGCAUAAUAUAAUAAUGGCAGAAGGUUAAACGAGAAAUCGUAUUUUUACAAAAAUUUUGAUUAAUUUUUGAAAACUGAAGUGCUAUUGUUAAUAAGUUGUAAAAUGAUAAGAAAAUCGGAAUCUAAAGAGAAGGGGAACGAGGAAAAAAAUGCAUUGCUGUAGCACUGUAAGGGUAAACCGAGCUUUCAUCUGACUUUUAGAUGUUAUGUGUCCUCAUAAACUCUAUCGAUUAUGCGCAGGGUUCAGGGCAGACGACAAACCCAGACAACUUGGCUACGUUCGACAAAAUCUCAGCCACUCAGCUAGCCGAGCAACUCACAUUCGUCGAACAUGUUUUAUUUUCCAACAUUCCUUCACAGUAAGUCUUUCGUGAAGCUUUCAUCUUAAUUUUGAGGGUAAUGAAAUGUUCGUCCUUUUAUCUAAUUGCGUCACCCUUUUGUUAUUUCAGCGAGUUUCUCAACCUUUCCUGGAUGAAGCCGGAUAAAAACGCUCGGGCUCCCGGUAUUCUCCGCGUGACAAAACGAUUCAACGAAGUACGUGUGUCUGCACUAGAAACUCACAAAGGGUUGAAUUGUGUAACUUGCAGGUUUCGAUUGAUGCUCUUAAAUAUCUUUUAACUUUAGUACCGUAUCGAGGCAGUGAUCAUCCGUUCUCAUUUGUGUAACUGUUACACUGUUCUAACGCACUUUGUAAUAAUUAUUUUCUUUGUAAUAAAUUUGUCGCACUUUGUAUCUAUCUGAUUAUUAUCAAUACUAUUAUCGUUAUAAUUAUCAUUAUUAUUAUUAUUGUUAUUAUUAUUAUAUCAUUAAAUGUUUAUUACUGUUUUCGUUAUUGACAGGGAUGAUAGUUAUUAUUGGGCUUUCUCGCCCUCGGACCAUCUUUACCAAGUCAAUUACAAAGUUUCGACAGCUUACUUGUUACAAAGUGCGACAGCUUACUUAUUACAAAGUACGAUGGAUGUUACAGUGUAUAAAGUGCAAUGAUUAUUAUAAAGUCAGAACAUGUGCCACAGAACAUGCACGCGCACCCAUUAAAACUGAUUUGCAUGGAAUCGCUAACUAACAGUUGACCUCUUCUGUGCGACCUCAUUAAGUUUGGUACUGAAGAACACAAACAUUCCCUAAACAUAAACUUGGACCGUUAAGGCCUAAAUUUAUCGAAUUCCAAGCAAAACGGAGGAUACUGGGUGUUUUCUUGUUACCAAGUUUGAUAAUUAGGCCCAAGUCACACAACAGCCCAAACCAAAAAUUAGGCAGCCAAAAAAUUUUCCAAAAGUUGAAACCGCAACCGGUAGUACUGAAAAAUGUGACACAAUUUUUGGGUCGCACUACCGAAAUACAAGAAUAGGUAAAAAUAAAUACAGUUGAUCAGAUUUCAUUUCUGGCGCGUAUUGUGCGGUAAUACACAUGAACCCAAAUCAGGCAUUUUGCUUUGCUAUUGUCAUUUUACUUCAACUAAUUAUCGACAUGCAACAGCAGCAAAUGUUUGCCUUUUUCAUACUGUAUCAGAGAUGGGUAAAUGAAUACAUGCAAAUCCUGAAUAUCGCUUUUCUAAGAAGACAGCGGCAUUUUGUACCGCUCGAUGAAAUAAUUAAUCUUCUUUUUACAUUUAUCACCAGUGCGUUUGGUUCCAAACUUGCGAUUUAACUCACGCGCAACUUCUUCCCACGUUUUCCGUGCGUCUUGCUCUCUACUAGCUCAUGACGUUCUGCCCAUAGGCUUGCUAGAGCCCUUUGCUCUUCUAGCGACCAUUUGUCAUAUUAUUUUUUGUCUUUUUCUGCCAAACCUUCAGGUGACGCGGAUCUGUCGGGCUAUCGUUCUCACUUACCACACUUGCAAGACUAUCGGACCGAUUAAGCAAAAUUCCGCUAGGUCCCGCUGGAUCUGAGAUCGGUCCAGCCAAUGUAGGGUGGAAAUGACAAAAAUUUUGGCUUGGGAAUGAUCCUGGCGCAUAAUGAAAAGGAAAACGUCCAUCCAUGCCGAAAGUUGGCGGGUGAAUAUUAAAAUUCCCGCCGAUUGAGUAGUUUAACUGCAUGUCAUAUCUGGGUCAAGUGACUGGCAUUGACAGCUCUGGAAGCGCUGUCUUUUGUUUUUUUCGAUUUUUCCAAAAUCUGCCUGCCCCACCCAAACAUUUCGGUGUCUCUGAAGUUUCUGCGGACUUUCCGAAAUUUUAGAAAUUUGUGAAACACCGGUCGCAUAAGGAAACGCGUUGUGAUGACAGACAAUAAUCUUUUUUUGGACGGAUUAUUGAUCAAAACUUACUUAGUGCGACCAGGGCCUUAGAAAAGUACAUACAAACGAAAGAGCGAUCUGGAAAAUUUUCUAACUACUAAAAGUAGAACUUAGUGAUUUGCUGCAACCUGAAUUUUUUUCGCUAAAAAAUAGAAGUAGCUACAUCAGCAUUUGUGUGUGGAAUGUGACAACAAACGUUUAAGGUGAAUUGUUUGUAAAAGAGUGCCGCCAAUUUGAAGAACUCCUGAAUAUAUAUUUCAGUACCAUAAACUUGACCGCGGCGGAAACUGUUUUAUCUUAGUACCUAUCUUUUCCCAGAUGACAGAAAUAUGUGAUUUUGUGUUCAACUAGUCUGCUGGAGUUUCCCUUUAUAGAUUUAACACGAGGCAAGAGAAAUAGGAAGCAUAACGGUUUGCUCAUUUCAGAAAGGAAGCGAUGAAGGCUGCAUUCGAGUGUACGAUUAAAAAUGAAAGUUCCUAAACUGCACAUUAACUAUCUGUACUGAGACUUUCAACACCCUGAAGCAAAACCACGUGAAAGCUAAUCUUUGAUUUUUUUUUUUUUUUAAUUUUUUAGACGUUAUAUUCGCUAUCAUCCUGGGGCCAUGUAUGAUUUAGCUAGCUUUUGUCCUAAAUUCGCUUUCAAGUAUUGGAUGAUGGACUUUGAUAACAAUUUGUUUCUUCAUGGGUUAACUUUACUGGCCUAGUUUCUUGUCUUAAAGCAACGUUAUGAAGCAGGUUGUUUUGUAAUUGUCAGUUACGAAGGCAGUAGUUACAAAUGGUUCUCAUCGUAAAAGAACGACGCAGUGCGCGAGGCUCUUGUUAUUAGCUACCCCUCGAACAACAAUUUAACAAAUGAUAACUUACCACAUUAGUAAUGGUAACAGGACCGAGUAGAGUCCAAUUCGGUCUGUAAUCAUUCGAGUGAUUGACAAAAUCGGACGACCGCGAAGUUAUGGUAAUUGUGAUCAAUUCUGUGAUUGGUGGAUUUAGCUGUCCGAUUACACUGUCCGCUUACAACUGUGCAGAAUGAUUAGAGAAAUAUAAAGCAGCUGAUGCACCAGUCACAUUUGAGGAAGUUUUAAUGGUUAUGAUUAAUAACCGAAAUAGGUUUUGGUAACCCUUAAAGUUGGACGAUAUGCCUCGAAAACAUACGUGCCACGUUCUUAAUUGCACGAGCAUAGAUGAUGAAUAUUCAUGAACGCCUAAACUCAAUUUAGAGGUUUCAACCCUUUAUACGUUUCUAUCGACAGUGCGAAUUUAAGCAUAACGUUUACGGCAACAGCAGACCACAAAAAUGAACAAUGACUUUACUUACUAUUCCCGCAUCUUUGCUAUUUUGCUGCUAGGAUGAUUUGAAAGGUUACGGUAACCCUUCAAAUCAACCUAGCAGCAAAAUAGCAAAGAUGCCCUUGUCCACGUCUAAUGUUUUAGCGCACAUAGGGCCUAAAGCAGACAACCUUUAAAUGAAUUUUUGCCUUUUGCCGUAAAUGUCAUGCUGAACCUCUCUGGUAUUUCGUCAUAGAUGAUGUGUUUGUGGUGUCCCAGAAAACUUUUUGGGUUGGUAUUACAAAUUGAUUUUAAAAGAGGUCGUUAGUCGAUUAUUGUGCAAUUUUAAACCGUGUAAGGACUUAGGCCAUCGAGAUAAUACAUCCAUUCAUGAGUUAGCUUAUCCCUAUAAUAUUCUUUUGCAGACAAGUUGCCUGGUGGCUUCAGAGAUUCUUAAGCACCAGACUCCAUCAGCACGCGCCACAGUAAUAGAAAAGUGGGCAGCUGUGGCGGAGGUUUGUCGUAACCUCCAUAAUUUUAACUCCGUUUUGGAAAUAACGUCUGCGUUUAUGAGCAGUUCGAUCUACAGGCUGAGAAAGACCUGGGAAAAAGUAUCAAAACAGGUGGGUGGUAAAAUGAAUAGCUAGGGGUUUUCCCUGAUGAAAUGAAUGGUGCUCUAAGUCUUGGGAAUUAUUGGUUGGUUUGAGAGAAUUCACCAAGAGCAAAUUUCAUGAUGAGUAAGCUACAGAGGCAAAGAGAAAUAGACUGGUGUCCUAAAGUUACUUAAGUGCCAUGUUUGGGCUUGAUUCAGAGUAAACGGAACGCUUGGCAUAGUACCACCGGGGAUAUACGAGGCAAAAGGAAACGAGUGGAAAAGAAGACCACAAUAUUUACUCUGUGAUACAAAUAGCCUAAAUCUCGUGCACAUCAAUAUGUUAUUUACAUCUUUUUUAUCCCCAUAAUAUCAGUUCGAACAUGCAUUAGUAGUUUACAUCUCUUUUUUUUUAUAAUAGUUUCCAAAGUGAGCGAAAGAUAAAGGAAACUACUCGGUGGAGGACCUUGGGUCCUCGUGACCUCCCUUUGAAAAAAUUCAAGCCACAUCCAUGUCGAGAACUACAAUGCAUUUUGAAUAUUUUCUAAGUUCUGAUUGUAGACCCAGGGGAAGACAAAGACAAACUCUGAAGACUUGCAUCAAUGUUAAAUUUAUGCAUGCACUGUUAGAAUAGGUUGUGGACUUGGCAGUAACUCUGCUCUAUUAAAAAAAGACGAAAGAUAAAUAUCUCGGGAUUUAAGGGUCUUUGUUCUCAUCAAAUUUUGUCCAGUAGAGGUCAUGCCUGUCAAUAUUCUCCCAAGGGCUUCUGAGUCGAUUUUUUUCCAGUACGUUUGAACAUACCCAAUCGAGUACAAAACAAUUGAAACCAUAAAAGGAACAUUGUGUGACGUGAAAAUCAUGAGAAAGAAAGAGGGAUCAUCCAAAUGAAUAACAAGGGCUGCUCAUUGACUCUGACGACGUAAAGUGAAUCAGAUUGUUAUAUUGUGGGCCUAAUGGCAAGUCAGACCGUGUAAUUGACGCCAUACUAUGUCGUUUGACCCUUCCGCAGACACGCACACUGAUCGAUCGUCUGCAGAAGCUGGUCAGUUCUGAUGGUCGCUUUAAGAACAUGAGAGAUGCCUUAAGAUGGUAGGGUUUUAAUUUUCAUACGUUACUAAAUCUGUAAGGUCCACUUUCCAUCAUAUUGCAACUAGGGCAAUAGCCGGUUUCGACCUAGAGGUUACAUGUGAUCGUGUUGGGUGAGGAUAGUCCUUUAAAAGACUGUUGUCGACAGUAGUGUCUGACGUUUUGACAAUCAUGGCGGAGGUCAUCCUCAGAGUAAGGCUCUCGUACAUUCGUUAACCGUAGUCGUAGGUAAAACCCACCUGAAAGAGGCUCGCUCAUUGUUUAUUGUGUCUGGCUGGUUACGAUUGGUGACAAGUCAAUGCUCAAUAUUAUCUUUUCGCUUAGGUGUAACUUGCAUGAAAUUACUUUUGUGGAAUUUGCAGUUCUGAUCCUCCUUGCAUACCGUAUCUUGGUUUUUACCUGACGGAUCUGGCGUUCAUUGAGGAUGGCACACCCAACAAUAAUGAGAACGGACUCAUAAAUUUCUCAAAAAUGAGAAUGGUGAGGAUUUGCUUUUAUGAAUCACAUGCAUGGCCCGUCGCCUAGAUUAAAAUUAGAUUUACCAAACAUUCAUUGCCCUCUUUUUGUACUUAAUCUGUUGUUCGUGUACUAAAUUUGUUGAUGCUAAAUGUUAGUUGCUUUCUUGUUUCAGAUCGCUCAAGUAAUUGAAGAAAUUCAUCAUUAUCAACAAAACAAAUACUCCUUGGAACCGGACAAGAAGGUAAAUCAGCAGUCCCUUUUUGUUUCUUGCUUCUACUUUUUAUAUCGCUACAACUUUGCCGUGGCCAGUCUACAAGUGGCCAGCGUGAUGGUGCGCUGCAAGGUGUAUAAUACAUGAGAUCAGCUAUACAAUACAAUAAGGUUUAUUUACCUCACUUAUGUUCUUCUUAUUAUUUGAUGUAGUGUAUCUGCGACAACUAGAGGGUUUCUCUGUGUAGUAUUCUAUCUAUGAUAUUCCCCUCAGAGUUUCCUUUUCGAUGAGAGUAGAAAGCCUAGCAGCGCCACCCUCGUUUAUAGCAUAUUUCUACUAUUUUAUUUAUUACUGAUUUAUUUAAAAUUUUUGUCAGAUGGUCUAUUCAUUCUAAAUUAGAGCUAAAAUAUGUAUCACUGUUUCAGAUAAUCAAAUACCUAAUGUCCAAAGACAACCUCACCGAUGAAGACAAACUGUACCAAACAUCUCUCACUUUGGAACCCAGGAAGCGAGUAUCUUCUAAAGUGAAACAACCGGUAGAAACUGAAAUAUAACUAUGCAUUGAGCUGACUUUCGCGAUGGAAGUACCUUAGAUUUCGCCAGCAUUAGAAGAAACAUUUUAUUCUCACUUUUUUUAAUUCUCCCAUCGUGAAAUGUUUUGUUUCCGAUCGCGUUUGUAAGAAAUAAUUAUCAUCGUUUAUUGAAGAUCUUAACUGCCUGUAACAAAGUGCUUUUGAAAUGGAAUAGCUGCCAAUAAAUUUGUCUUUUGAAAGUGCUGCAACCGUUCUAAGAAAUAAUCUAAUCUAUGAACCAAAAAGUUUGAAAGAUAAAGCCAC